AUUGGAGCAACCCCUCUACCCUACUCACUUGUUUACCCGGUCCAAUUAUUUCCUCUCCGAAAAUUGAAAACCAAAGCUUUUGAGAUAUUUUUGAGUCCUUAUUUUCUCACAUCUUCUAAAAAAUUCUGUUCGAAAUCCAAAAGGGUUCAAAAUGGGUGUUUUGGAUCAUUUUUCUGAUCUAUUUGAUUGCUCAGGUGGGAGUUCCAGCUUCAAGAAACGCAGGCAAUUCCAGACGGUGGAGAUCAAGGUGAAGAUGGACUGCGAAGGAUGCGAGCGGAAGGUGAAGAGAUCGGUGGAAGGAAUGAAGGGCGUAACGCAGGUGGACGUGGAGCGCAAGGCCCACAAGCUGACGGUCGUCGGCUACGUGGAUCCGGGGAAGGUGCUGGCGCGCGUCGCGCAUCGGACGGGGAAGAAGGUGGAGCUCUGGCCAUACGUCCCAUACGACGUCGUGGCGCACCCUUACGCCGCUGGAGUGUACGACAAGAAGGCGCCGUCCGGGUACGUGCGGAACUCGCAGGACCCGCAGAUGAGGAACCUCGCACGUGCGAGCUCCACGGAAGUGCGCUACACCACGGCGUUCAGCGAUGAAAACCCCGAUGCGUGCGUUAUCAUGUGAGCUGUCACUUUUGCGACGUGACAUGUGGAAUCUAGACUUUAAUUUUAAGAAAAUGUUUUAAUUUGUUUUUUGAUAUGUCAAUGUCAUAGGUGUGCUUUGCAUAUUCUUUUUUAAUAUUUUUUUUAGGUUUGUCGCGAAAUCAAAAGUGUGAAAUUGGGUAUGUGUUGGUCUAAUGACUGUAUAUCAAGUUGUUGGAUGUUAUGAAAGAUUUUAGAUAUUUUAGUUGUA